AUGGCUUUGCCUCAAGGAGCAUAUGAAACCCUGGACGACAUCCCAGCCCAUGUGUGGAAGGGGCUGCCAAACAGCAUGAAGCUGGAGCCGUCAGCUGUCAACCCCAAUCGCAUUGGUGUCUGGGCAUCUAGAUUAAUACCGAAAGGCAAACGAUUUGGACCAUUUGUAGGCGAACGAAAGAAGAGGUCUCAAGUGACGAGCAAUGUUUACAUGUGGGAGGUGUAUUUUCCAGCCUGGGGGUGGAUGUGUGUAGAUGCCACAGAUCCAAUGAAAGGAAACUGGUUGCGGUAUGUGAACUGGGCUCGAUCUUCUCAAGAGCAAAACCUCUUUCCACUGGAGAUCAAUCGAGCUAUUUACUACAAAGUGUUAAGGCCAAUCGGCCCGGACGAAGAACUUCUCGUGUGGUACAAUGGGGAAGACAAUCCUGAGAUAGCAGCUGCAUUAGAGGAAGAAAGGACUAGCAACCUGAACAAGAAGAGUUCACCUAGAGCAAAGCGAGCAAGGAGGAAGCUGUCUGAAAAAUCCAGGGAGACUGAUUUGGGUGGGUUCUGUGAACCGAAGAAAUUGAGCGCCUCUGAACCCUCAAUAACAGAGAUGCGGGACUCAGAGGAAGGGCUUAAUGGUGAGGAAGGACCAUCUUCACCUUCUGAGUUACAAGAGGAGAAUGCAGUUUCCCAGGCAUUGUCUACAGAAAAUGAAAACCCUGUCCAGUCUCAUGCAACAGAGAUGAACCGGUGGGAAGGACUGGAUAAGGAAAACACAGAGGCUGAUGGACAACUGCAGCAGCCACAGUUAAAUCAGAGCCCACAGCACCCUGAGGCAGAAUCAGUUGAGGGGAAUGAAAAGUCUCUCCUGCCAUCGCAUUCAGGCAGCCCUGCGGAAGAAAGCUCAGAGAGUCCACUAUGUGAUACAGACUGCAUAUUCUUAAUGAACCCCGAGUUAGAGGCAGAGGGGGAUUUUGAGGAUGACCCCCAGGGAGAAACAUACCCCUGUCAGCACUGCGAGCUGCAUUUCUCUACCAAACAGGGCCUGGAGCGUCACACUCAUAUUCACACUACUUCAAACCAUCAAACUCAUACGUUUAAGUGCCGAUACUGUGCCAAGCCCUUUGGCUCUCAGGUAGGCAGGCGCAGACAUGAACGUCGACAUGAAAAUGGGAGUAAACUUUAAAUAGGCCUGGGUCACUCAGCCGGCACAUCAUUUCUCCCCAGUCCCACGGUGGCUAAUGACUCUGCUACCUCUGGCAGUGUGUCUUCACCAAGCCAUUCAGUCGUUAUGAGCUCACAGAAUGGUCCACUUCAGCAGACCUCUGAGAGUUAAAAAGAGCCUGGUGCUGAAUCUGAUCGACCUUUUAUAGUAGAUGAGAAUGGGGAGUCAAAAGAACUUCAUCCUUGCAAAUACUGUAACAAGGCUUUCGGCACACACACCAACAUGCGCAGACACCAGCGCAGAAUCCAUGAGCGGCAUCUAAUGCCAAAGGUGUUCGCCGAAAAGGUUAUGCUCCUUCAGGAGAGUUCAACCCAACAGCAUCAGCAUGAACAAGGGCAGACCGUUUCACUCCAGGAAGAGUCACCAAGUGCAGUCCACCACCUAUCUAUGUGGCCCAGUGUGGAGACGGAGGAUGAGGGAGAAAGGGAGGACUGCAUGGUUGAUAUCUCCAACAAUAUUUGAAAUCUGAGCCAUUACAUUGAUGGAAAGAUUCCAUCUACAAGCACAGUGAGCAACUGUGAGGUCAUCGAAGUUGAUUCAAACACAGCAGCAUUGUUUGGUCUUGAUACUCUGAUUCUAAGUCCAAAACAAAUUGGUCAUGCUCUUAAAGUUGAAACACGGACAUGUCCAGCAAAAGAAGUUACGUGCGUCACUCAGGCAGCUCAGAGAAGACGAACUGCUACACCACCUCUGCUGCCUGGAGUAAAAGUGGAGGCAGAAACUGCCUCGUCGUCUUCCUCCCUCUCCUCUCCUUCCUCUCAGUCCUCUUUGCUAGUAGGAAACAUUUUCUCCCAGUCAACUGAAACAUUAGCUUUUCCAAAGGAAACAGUUUAUCUGUCUCCAAAAUUGAAACAACUCCUACAAGCCCCGGACGGUCAGAAACCAGCCAUUGGUCUAAUUACAGACAGUAUGACCACCCCACUUUCUGUAACUUCACUGCCUGCUGUCCAGGGUAAGUUUAAAAGAAGAACUGCCUCCCCUCCCACAACUUCACAGAAUAGCCCACCACAAAGAAAUGACAACACAAACUCCGCAACUGGGGUUUGUCUGAAGGUGCCAAAAAUGGAAAGCGUGACAAAUUCUUGGACUUUGCCCAGCAAAGAUCAUGGGGACACAGAGAUUUUGACAGGAAAAGACUGGUCUCCCUCAAGAAGUGGUGGGAAUUCUUGCAAUCAGCAGCCGCUUGCUUCAAAUUCCUUUAGUAAACGAGACGAUAGCAUAAGCAGAGGGUCUGGAGAGGCUGUGCUUGACUUGAGUAUGAGCCGUAAAAGUCCUGUUGACCAUGAAGUAAAGACAGGCUCAUCAACACUACCGCCACGUAAAAGGAAGAAACCCAAUACUAGCAUUUUAGAGAAAGUGUUAAUGAAUGAGUAUGCUGCUAACUCACCUGGAGAAGAAGAAUCCAACACUGUUGGAAGCCCUGAUGCUUUUUCAUCAUCCGAGAGUGCCACCUGUGUUGCCCCUUCGAGUCCUGGGUCAGGAUCAGAACGCCUUCCUUGUGAAUCAACCUCUCCUCCCUCCCUGACCCUUAUGACUAUCAAUCCGUCCUCCCCCUCUUCAUCUAGUAUAGCGUCAUCUACCCCACCUCCUCCAGUCUUACCCACUAUCCCAUCUCCACCACCUUUAUCAUCAAAGCAUUUUCAGUUGUCGGAUGCCUUAACACCUUCCCCUUUUCCAGUGUUGUCCCCUAAAAUGUCUCCCAAGGCUGUUGAUAGUUUAGAAGAUGUUUCAGAUUCAUCUGCUUUAACAGAACCAUGCCAUGAUGCAUUAAUUUCCAUUGUUAGUGAAUCAAACCAAAUGCUGAGAGUAGACCCUGUAAAUUCUCCUCUGCCUCAGGAUGCAAAAAGACAUUGUACAGCAGAUUCAUCUUCAAAGUCGGAAACACUACUUGAGGGCUCAACCCAUGAUUCUAAGCCUCAGUUUUUAAAAACUGCAGACCAAGCAGGUUCUUCUCACCUGGAGUGGGAUACUUCCUCUGAAAGCAACCAAAGCCAUUCCUGUGAAGGAACUCUCCCUCAAGACCUCAAUAAUAAAACAGAAGGCAGACAAAAAUCAAAGUCUCCCCUUUCUACAGUACAAUCAACUCAAAAGGAAUCUUCACCCCCGAACUUUCUCAGCAAAUUGCAUUCGCCACAGAGGAGCUCAGAGGUUGAUGACAACUUAAUUGUGGAGGAUAUAAGAAAAAAAGAGGAGAUGGUAGGUGUAACUGCAAAUGGGGCUGACGUUUCACCUGGAACCUCAGUUAGAAGUUCUGAUGAAGUUGACACUGCAGAGCGGGAGACUUUUGUCAAAAGUUUUGUUUGCAACGUCUGUAAAGAGCCAUUCCGCUCCAUCAAAGACCUUACUGGUCAUAUAAUAAAGCAUGCAUCAGAGUGGCCUUUUAAGUGUGAGUUUUGCGUGCAGUUAUUUGGUAAUGCCACUGCUCUUCUCGAACACCGCUCAUCUCUCCAUGGGGUGGGAAGAAUUUAUGUUUGCUCUAUUUGCUCAAAGGAGUUUGCCUUCCUCUGCAAUCUUCAGCAACAUCAAAGUGACCUACAUCCAAGUCAGAGUUGCACUCACACUGCCGUUGAAAAUGGAAAGCUCAGACCUCAGAACUACACAAAUCCAGCUUGUGCAAAUAUAGAGAAAGAUGCUGUUCUUGACUCAAAUGCUGGAGCUCCCUCUGAGAAUUCUUCUGAGGAGCAUAACAUUGACACUAAUAAGGUGGAUGAAGAGGAAGAUGGACAUGAAGACCCUACAGAAGAGCUAUACACUACAAUAAAGAUUAUGGCAUCUGAGGCUGGCAAACCAAAAGGUCCAGAUGUCCGGCUUGGCAUUAAUCAGCACUACCCAAGUUUCAAGCCUCCACCUUUCCCAUAUCACAACCGAUCACCAGAUGUUUCAGUUGCCUCUGCCACUAAUUUUACAACACACAAUAUCCCCCAAACAUUUAGCACUGCAAUCCGCUGUACCAAAUGUGGAAACAGCUUUGACAACAUGCCUGAGCUACACAAACACAUAUUAGUUUGUGCUAAUGCUAGUGAUAAGAGACGCUAUACCCCUAAGAAGAAUCCCAUUCCUCAGCAGGUUGUCAAACAAUCACCUAAUGGUAUUUCUCACGGAGCUUCGACUGGGCAGAAUGCCUUCCGCAGAAUGGGUCAACCAAAAAGGCUUAACUUUAACCAAGAUAUAACAUCCAAAGUCAAGUUAUCAGCCCUAAAUAAGAAGAAAAAUCAGCUUGUCCAGAAAGCCAUAUCACAGAAGAACAAAUUAGCAGCUUCUGGAAAGAAACCGACAGCCCGGGUAAAGGAAGAGGAGACUCGUGAGGUCCAUGCAUGUCCAUACUGUAGUCGAGAGUUCACAUACCCAGCCAGUCUUACAAAACAUAUUGCUUGCAGCUGCCCGCAAAGACCUGUUGCCAAGAAAUUGAAAAAAGGUGCACUGACACCUCAAGACAAAAACAGAAGUCUCCGAAGUCGAGCUACUGACUCUGAAGUCAAACAAGAGGGUUCUGGAUCAAGCGCACCGUCCUUGGGGAAAACCAGAGCCCGAACCUCUGAGCCAGUUGAGAAUGAAGCUCCAGCAGCAAAUAAAGGCAAAGAACCUCAGGUACGUACAAAGAGGCCAGCCUCAAAUGUAGUCAACACUGCCCCACAAAUUAAGAAAGGCAAAAAAAGCAAUGAGCCAUUGACUUUCAUAACUCCUGCUGUUACUGAUGACUCUUCAACACGACCACCAUCUAAAAUGCAACGUGGAUUUAAGGAGGUGGUGGUCAAGAAGGAGGUUGUUGACAAGAAAGAGGUAGUUGUUAAGAAGGAGGUUGUUGACAAAAAAGAGGCAGCUGUCAAGAAGGAGGUUGUUGACAAAAAAGAGACAGCUGUCAAGAAGGAGGUUGUUGAUAAAAAAGAAGCAGCUGUCAAGAAGGAGGUUGUUGUGAAAAUGGCACAGUCUAAGAAGGAGGAACGUUUUUCAGCAAGGAUGCGGGAGAGGAAAGGUGGGCCGGUGACACGGAGUGUACAGAUGUCUAGUGCUCCUUCAGAAGUAAAGAACGAAGACCUCUCAAUCAAUGAACCAGGGCAGUCUGAGGGAGUCUCUUCUGAAGUUAGUCAGGUAGAACUCCACAUUCUCUAA